GCUCCGCUAACGGACAUAGUCCUUGCACACACCCAAUACCAGUCUCGGUUAUCCUGCCAUCUGCGUCUUAUUCCAGAUCCACCAGUACAGUACUCGCCUCUCGUCCCGCCUACCCUAAUCCUCACCGUGUGCCAGUCGAGACGCUACGGGUUUCAGUAGCGCCAUUCCGCCAUGGACGAGGACGCGCGGAAGCUGGGGGAGUACGACACCAUAGCCUUCAAGUCCGUCACUGCGGCGGCUUCCAGCUUCGUGCUCGGCUCGAUCGCCGGCGCGAUCGUCGCCACGUGGAGCGACGUGCCGGCGGUGGAGCGCAACGUGGCGAUGCCGGCGCUGAUGAAGACCGGGCGCGUGAUGGGCCGCUACGGCGUGUUCUUCACCGCCGUCGGCACCGCCUUCGCCGCCGCUGACGCCAUCGCGCAGGAGGCGCGCGGCACCAAGGACAUCUGGAACGGCGUGAUUGGCGGGCUGGCUGCGGGCGCCGUCGUCGGCGUGCAAGCCAACAGCCUUCCUCUAGCAGCAGGAGCAUGUGCGUCACUUGCAGCGGCAUCUGCCAUAGUCGAUGCUAGUGGCCAAGCCACGCGUAUCCACACGGGUCGGGAGUAUCUUCCCUUCUCAUCGCCUCCUCCCAGCAGCUCCAGUUGAUUCUUCAAGUGUGAACACUUCAUUGUUUGGAACUCUGCUAAACCUGUGUCACAAGACGAAUACGACACCCCAUUGUGUGCAUGUAAAUAGCUGUGUAGUUACGGGUACUACUCACAGUUGCGAAAUACCAUUGAGAAUCAGACAAGCAGACCGAACCCACUUGGUA